AUGCCCUACUAUGCUACAUUCCAUCCCAUUCACUAUGUCAUGCUUGACUUCGUUGUCGCACAGGUACUUAGUGAACUUAAUUAUCUCAGCUCGCAACUACUGACAUUUGUCUAUGACAGAUCCUCUCCCGCAUGCCCAACGGAGCAUGAAAUGCAUGUGUCGCAGCAGGUAUGCUCUGUUCUCGACGUCAUGUCUCACUCACUCACUCACUCGCUUCCCCGACAGCAGCCUUCCCGGUCACGCACAAACUCGGUGUCGAACGCCUGGCUCUAUGCCCCGCUCGGCUGGCCAGACGACGUGGAAGAGCAUCGCCGGCGAGUCCCCGAGGGCACGUAGUCUGCGCAGAGCUUGCGCAUCCUCUGGCUGAGCGAGCGAGAUUGCCGGCCAACGCUCGCCAGGCGUCCGUGCGGAGAAUCGCACGAACACCCGCCGUCCGACAGCCGACAAGGCCAUUGCAGCCCUGCAAUACCGUGGUGGGCAUCCCGGAAGACCGGCGACGCCCCAUUCUCACUUUGGCGGGAUUGUACGGGCCUCAUUCGGUUGCUAGACCCAUGUGCCGACGACGUAUUGCUGCACGUCUAUGUCUGCCGAUCACGUCCCGCUUGGACCAGUAUCCCGUGAUCUAUACAUCAACGUUCUUCAUACGAGAGUCGCCCGGUCCCCGUGGAUGCCCAGCGCUGCCCGGAAUGCACGCCCGAUCCUUGGAGUGUUGCGGGCGGCAGAGAGCAACAUCCAUGCCCAGCGUGAACCCGCCCGGUCAAACCGACAUGCUCGGACGAUGCGCAACGGUCAGACAUCCGGGUCGCCCGCCUCUCACCGCCCGCGCCCGACGUGUCCCAGGCGGCCGAAACGGCAGCCCGUUCGCACACAUCCUGGUUAGUCCACACCUCUGUCAGCGUUCACCACUGACCUAGCCUAUCACAGGCUAACAUCGCGCGAAUGUCCCACCGCCGAUCUGAUGUGACGUUGACGUUCGUUUGUGGGAGCCGACGACCAUCCGUAGUGACUCCGGACGACUUGCAU